CAAUCGAAUCUGAAAAUCGACUUUGCGAGUUGGCAACCAUAUCUGCGAUCGUAAACAAAAUCAAGUUUAGGUAGUAUAUUAACAAAUUCAUAUUUAUGGCAGCAACACCAACAACGAAUAAUGAAACUGUUGAUCCAAAAAACGUAAUAAAAGCAAGAGAUUUAUUAUAUCGUUUGAUGAUAAGCCAGUUAUUUUAUGAUGGGCACCAGAGUCUAGCUGUAGGUCUGUCAGCAGUAGCACAAGCUGAUCCACCAUGUCCUCCAUCAGACAGGCUGCUGCAUGUGGUGAUGGCAGGCCUUCAGCAUGAACCAGAACGGCCACAGAAAACAGGCCCUGUGCUGACAGUUCCAGGACCAGAGGGCUUGACAUCAAGUGGAUUAGAUCUUGAGUUUGAGACUGAUGUGCAGACAACAGCACCUGAACCGGCUCUUUAUGAGACAGCUUACGUAACAUCACACAAGGGUAACUGCCGUGCUGGUGCAUUCAGUGUUGAUGGACAGCUUAUUGCUACAGGAAGUGUUGAUGCAUCUAUCAAGAUUCUGGAUGUGGACAGGAUGUUGGCGAAGUCUGCACCCGAUGGCUUGGACCCGUCUGGAGACUCACAAGGUCAUCCCGUGAUCCGCACACUUUAUGACCAUCUUGAGGAAGUGACGUGUCUUGAGUUCCACCCACGUGAGCCCAUUCUGGUGUCUGGUAGCCGAGACUUCACAAUCAAAUUGUUUGAUUACAGCAAAACGUCAGUGAAGAAGGCAUUCAGGACUAUUACUGAUGCAGAUCAGAUUCGAUGCAUGUCCUUCCAUCCCACUGGAGACUUUCUGGUGGUGGGGACCUCCCACCCUGUAAUCAGGCUUUAUGACGUGAUGACGGCACAGUGCUUUGUGUGCAGCAUCCCCAGUCAUCAGCACACUGCGGGCAUCACCUCCAUCAAAUAUUCUCCAGAUGCCAAGGUUUAUGCAUCAGCUGGACGAGAUGGAAGCAUCAAGAUCUGGGAUGGUGUAUCCAGCCGUUGCGUCAAUACAUUUCUUAAGGCUCACGAUGGUGCAGAAGUGUGUUCUGUGAGGUUCUCGCGCAACGGGAAGUAUCUACUCUCAUCAGGCAAGGACUCGCUCAUCAAGCUCUGGGAACUGUCCACUAGUCGGUGUCUGAUUGCCUAUACUGGUGCUGGUACCACUGGCAAGCAGGAGCACAAGGCACAGGCAGUAUUUAAUCACACAGAGGAUUACGUGCUGUUUCCUGAUGAGGCAACAACAUCUUUGUGUGCCUGGAAUUCACGCAAUGCAUCGCGUAAACAGCUGUUGUCACUUGGACACAAUGGUCCAGUGAGGCUUAUUGUUCAUUCUCCUACUGCCCCAGCAUUUCUCACGUGCUCGGAUGACUUCAGAGCUCGCUUUUGGUUCCGCAGAAUGCCCAUGCACUGACUCCAAUUAGAAGGUCUUCAAGAUAUCAAUGCCAGACACUUCUCAGCCUGGAUGUGGAAUAUCUGUCAGGAAAUCAAAGUGUAGCCAUCUUCCAAGUAGUAUUUUAUUUUAUAAGUAAAUCACAACAGGAAACCAAAUGCUCUGUAAUAAUAUUCAUCCAAGGUGUUCAUAAUAUUAAAUGUUUCAGAAGAUGGUUUUAUAUUUGUGAAUAAUAUGUUCUGUAUGGAUGGUAAUAACCAUUAGAAAUAUUUUUAUAAAUAUUUGUGUUUCUUCAUAUUAUUCUCUUGGUAUGAUAUACAAUGAAAACUCAAUAUUAAAAGGUUUACAAGUUUUCACAUUUUUAAGAAAAUCUAUUUUAUUGUCAUUCGUUUCAGUCCCCAACUUUGCACAUAGAUGGCAAGUAGGUAACAUUUAUUAAGCCUUUUGCAUAGUUAGGUUACCCUCCAAGGGUAGGACUUAGCAGCAUAUUAAAAAUAUGAUGCAGCGUGUUUAAUUUUGUGUUGUUUCUCAUGGCUAAUGAAUAGGAGUUGAACAUUUUUAUGAGAUUGUGGUUCACAUUGUACGAGAUAAAAAAUGUUCAACACUGAUUGUGGUGAUUAAAGGGACCUGCUUUUUCUUGACUUCAAAGUUUCAGUUAAUGUAUCUCUCUGAAGUCUUUGCUUGUUGAAGAGCAAAAUAGUAAGACAGUAUGGAUGCAUUCUUUGAUGUUGUUCACCGCUUUUAAGAAUAAAGACAAGGUGUGAUCAGCAGUUCUGCGUGAUGGAAGACUAGUGUAUUCCAGUCAGCUGUAAGAUACUUAGAGAGUCAGUUGGCUUUACCUUUAUAAGUGAAUUAAAUGAGCAGAUUGAAUCCAUAAAAAGUAAAGUUUA